UUAUAUGAAUAUUAAUGUAUAAAAUUAAAUAAAAUUAAAAAAAAAAAAUUUUUAUUGUCUUUUAAACAUUAUAGUAACAAGUAAUUUCUGCAGUUGAUUUUUGGUCAGGUAUAUGAUACCUGUCUGAUAACUAAGUAUAAUUAUUCUGCAAAAUUUUAAUAAUUAAUUAUAAUAUUGUUAAAAAAAAUGGCGAUAAAAGGUUAUUUAACGGCUAUCACAUUAGCAGUGGUUUCAAUAUUUCUUGCCAGUUUUAUUGAUUUUAAUAAUAUCACCGAAAAUUUUAAUUUUAUGAAAAAAAGCCCAGAUGAACCAAUUAUUACAAAUAAUGAUGUUCAACAACAGUAUGGAAAUGAUAAGCAUGUUAAAUUGAAUAAUGAUAGAGUAAUAUCAGUGGAUAAAGAAUUACCCAGUAUAAAAAAAAACGAAAUUUUAUAUAACAACGAAAACUUAAAAGAUGAUAAGAAGAAUUCUGAAUCAAGUAGCAGUUCUACAGUUAUUACUGAUAAACAUAUAAUCAGCGAGAGUUUAUCAUUAUCAAAGCAUAAUACGGAUACUAAGGUUGAUAAACCAAUUAAUGGUCACAGUACCAGUAACAGUAACAGCGGCAGCAGCAGCAGUUCAUUUAAUAUUGAUAGCUCAUCAAAUAUUAAUGUCCCAAAAAAUUUAGACACUAACAACAACAACAAUAAAAUGAAUAAUAACAAUAACAACAAAAACAACCAUAAUAUUAAUAAUAACAACAAUAUCAACCACAAUAGUAACAACAUUAACAAAAAUAACGAUAAUAACAAUAAUGACAUUGUUAAAAAAAACAACAACGCAAAUAUUGACAAUAACAUCAACCACAAUAUUAACAAAAACAACCACAAUAUCAAUAAUAACAACAAUAUCAACGACAAUAGUAACAUUAACAAAAAUAACAAUAAUAACAAUAUUAACAAUAAUGACACUAUUAAAAAAAACAACAUAAAUAUUGACAAUAAAAAUUCUGCUGAUAUAAAUUAUGGAAAUAAUCAAAAAAAUUCUGAAAAGAUCAGUAGUCAUUCGAGUAAGAGUUUUGAAAAUUCUGAUAUACACAUACAUAAAACAAACGAGAAUUCACAAUUUCAACAGCAUGCAAUAAAUAAUAAAGUUGAUGAACCAAUAAAUACUAGUAAAAGUAGUAGUAGCAGCAGCAGCAGCAGUAGCUCAUCAAAUAUCGACAGCUCAUUAAAUACUCAUAGUUCAACUAACAACAAUAAUAAUAAUAAUAAUAAUAAUAAAAACAACGACAACAAAAAUCCUAAUAAUUAAUCUAAUUUAAAUAGAUUAGUAUUAACUUACAGAUUUUGUUAAUACUAAUGAAAUAAUGAUGUUUAAAUUCAAAUGAAAUAAUAGCGUAAAACUAAUUAUUUAUGUCGUGCGAUGGACACAUUUGUUAGAUUAUUUUAUUUUUUAUGAUAAAAUUAUAAUUUAUAAAAAAUUUUUAAUUCUUUAUUGUUUAUAUUUCACACAUAUCUAAAUUUAUGCACACAUUUGAGACAUCGAAAUAAACAUAUUUCUUAAAUAUAUAUAUGUAUUCUCUAUCGUAUUUCUCUUUUUCUAUCUCUCUCUUUUUUUAUGAUUUAUUAUUUCAAAGCUGGUUUUGUGUUUAAUCUUUUUUAGUCAUUUAA